CGUCCCUCCUUCCUCCUCCCUUGUCGCUCGCGGGCCGGGCCCGGCAUGGUGCGGCGUCGCCGCCGAUGGCGCUGAGGCGGAGCAUGGGGCGGCCGGGGCUCCCGCCGCUGCCGCUGCCGCCGCCGCCGCCGCCGCUGCUCCUGGCGGGUCUGGCCGCUCUGCUGCUCGCGGAGCCCGCGGCCGCAGGCCUGAAGCUCAUGGGAGCCCCGGUGAAGCUGACAGUGUCUCAGGGGCAGCCGGUGAAGCUCAACUGCAGUGUGGAGGGAAUGGAGGAGCCGGAGAUACAGUGGGUGAAGGAUGGGGCUGUGGUCCAGAGUGUGGAUCAGGUGUACAUCCCAGUCAGUGAGCAGCACUGGAUUGGCUUCCUCAGCCUAAAGUCAGUGGAACGCUCUGAUGCAGGCCGGUACUGGUGCCAGGUGGAGGAUGGGGGUGAAAUGGAGACCUCCCAGCCAGUGUGGCUCACAGUAGAAGGUGUGCCAUUUUUCACUGUGGAGCCAAAAGAUCUGGCAGUGCCACCCAAUGCCCCUUUCCAACUGUCUUGUGAAGCUGUGGGUCCCCCCGAACCUGUUACCAUUGUGUGGUGGAGAGGAGGCACGAAGGUUGGGGGACCUGCCCCCUCUCCUUCUGUUUUAAAUGUAACAGGGGUGACCCAGAGCACGGUGUUCUCCUGCGAAGCUCACAACCUUAAAGGCCUGGCCUCUUCUCGACCAGCCACCGUUCGCCUUCAAGCACUGCCUGCAGCCCCCUUCAACAUCACAGUGACGAAGCUCUCCAGCAGCAAUGCUAGUGUGGCCUGGACGCCAGGUGCCGAUGGCCGGGCCCUGCUCCAGUCCUGUACGGUCCAGGUGACACAAGCUCCAGGAGGCUGGGAGGUCCUGGCUGUGGUGGUCCCUGUGCCACCUUUUACCUGCCUCCUCCGGGACCUGGCACCUGCCACCAACUACAGCCUCAGGGUACGCUGCGCUAACGCCUUGGGGCCUUCUCCAUAUGCUGACUGGGUGCCCUUUCGGACGAAGGGCCUAGCCCCAACCAGCGCUCCCCAGAACCUCCAUGCCAUCCGCACAGACUCAGGCCUCAUCCUGGAGUGGGAAGAAGUGAUACCUGAGGGCCCUUUGGAAGGCCCCCUGGGACCUUAUAAAUUGUCCUGGGUUCAAGACAACGGCACCCAGGGUGAGCUGACAGUGGAGGGGACCAGGGCCAACUUGACAGGCUGGGACCCGCAGAAGGACCUGACUGUGCGUGUGUGCAUCUCCAAUGCAGUUGGCUGUGGGCCCUGGAGUCAGCCACUGGUGGUCCCUUCGCAUGACCAUGCAGGCCAACAGGGCCCUCCCCAUAGCCGCACAUCCUGGGUGCCUGUGGUCCUGGGUGUGCUGACAGCCUUGGUGACAGCCGCGGCCUUGGCCCUCAUCCUGCUUCGAAAGAGGCGGAAGGAGACACGGUUCGGGCAAGCCUUUGAUAGUGUCAUGGCCCGUGGGGAGCCAGCCGUUCACUUCCGGGCAGCCCGGUCCUUCAAUCGAGAGCGGCCUGAGCGCAUCGAGGCCACAUUGGACAGCUUGGGCAUCAGCGAUGAGCUCAAGGACAAGUUGGAGGACGUGCUCAUCCCUGAGCAGCAGUUCACCCUGGGCCGGAUGUUGGGCAAAGGAGAGUUCGGUUCAGUGCGGGAGGCCCAGCUGAAGCAGGAGGAUGGCUCCUUUGUGAAAGUGGCCGUCAAGAUGCUGAAAGCUGACAUCAUUGCUUCAAGUGACAUUGAAGAGUUCCUCAGGGAAGCGGCUUGCAUGAAGGAAUUUGAUCACCCACAUGUGGCCAAGCUUGUUGGGGUGAGCCUCCGCAGCAGGGCCAAAGGUCGUCUCCCCAUCCCUAUGGUCAUUUUGCCCUUCAUGAAGCACGGGGACCUGCACGCCUUCCUGCUCGCCUCCCGGAUUGGGGAGAAUCCCUUUAACCUGCCCCUGCAGACCCUGGUCCGGUUCAUGGUGGACAUCGCCUGUGGCAUGGAGUACCUGAGCUCCCGGAACUUCAUCCAUCGAGACCUGGCUGCUCGGAAUUGCAUGCUGGCAGAGGACAUGACAGUGUGCGUCGCCGAUUUUGGGCUCUCCCGGAAGAUCUACAGUGGGGAUUACUAUCGCCAGGGCUGUGCCUCCAAAUUGCCUGUCAAGUGGCUGGCCCUGGAGAGCCUGGCUGACAACCUGUAUACGGUGCACAGUGACGUGUGGGCCUUCGGGGUGACCAUGUGGGAGAUCAUGACUCGUGGGCAGACGCCGUAUGCUGGCAUUGAGAAUGCUGAGAUUUACAACUACCUCAUCGGCGGAAACCGCCUGAAACAGCCUCCGGACUGUAUAGAGGAUGUGUAUGAGCUCAUGUACCAGUGCUGGAGCGCCGACCCCAAGCAGCGGCCGAGCUUCACAUGCCUGCGGAUGGAGCUGGAAAGCAUCCUGGGCCACCUGUCCGUGCUGUCCACCAGCCGGGACCCCUUGUACAUCAACCUGGAGAGAGCCGAGGAGCCGGCCGAGGGAGGCCCCCUGGAGCUGCCUGGCGGGGACCAGGCCAGCAGCGGGGCCGGGGAUGGCAGUGGUGUAGGGGCAGUGGGGGGCACCCCCAGUAGUGACUAUCGGUACAUCCUCAGCCCUGGGGGGCUGGCCGAGCGGCCCAGGCAGGAGGAGCAGCAGCCGGAAAGCCCCGUGGGUGAGGCCCAGAGGCUGCUGCUGCUGCAACAAGGGCUACUGCCCCACAGUAGCUGUUAGCCCACAGGUGUCCGGGGCCAUGCUGCUGGCCGAUGAAGCCCCGGCUGACCCUAGCCCAGGCAGCAUGGCGAGGAGGCUCCUGUGGUAGUCCUCC